AGGGUGGGUGGGGGCGCGGGGGGUUGAAGGAGGGAGGGGUCUUUGCUCCUGGUCGAGCCUGACAGUUCCGCACUAUUGGCUGACAGCAGGGCCACUCUUACCUGUACCUGUGGGAAGGAGUGCCAUUCGUCAUCGUCCGACUCCAAAUCAGGAUCAACUUUUCCGUCUUCCAACAGAGCGGAGAGGUAGAAGUCAGCCAGGACGGCUUGAAAGUGAAGCAGCGAGCGCACCAGGACUCCGAGCAUGGAGCCUAUCACGUCUUGGAGCGAGGAGAGAGUCAGCGAGUGGCUUCAAGGUCUGGAUGUCCCCCUGCAACAGUACUCAGUUACUGAGUGGCAUUUGUCGGGUGUGGAUCUGCUCCAGUUGACCUCUCGUGACCUGGAUAAGUUGGGAGUGCAUAGGAUUGGACACCAGGAGCUAGUACUGGAGGCCGUGGAGAAACUCUGCUCUCUGACCUACGGUAUAGGUGGUGAGAACCUACGCGGUCUGACAGAGAAGAUGCGUGCUGUUUCCCACACUCUCCAAAUGGGCAUUCAGGGCCGCUGGCGCCUCAACAGCUACGACGGCUACAGCACCGACAAGCUGCCUGUUGGCAUUCUGCAGCUUGUAGUGGAGCUCAUCACCUCUGCCAAAGGACUCUUCUCUUUGCUCAACAGGUGUCAGUUUGCCCAGCUCAGUGGAUGCACCACCUCUAAGAACAUAUUCAACUAUUGCAGAGAGCUGAGAGACAUUGUCCACAAGCAGGAUUCCACUGUCUCUGAAAAGGAGAAGGACAUCAUCUCUGUAUGCCGUCAGUUGGUGUCAGUGUGUGAUGAGAUCCUGAACUCCAGCCCCGAGGAACUUCUUAGCCACACUGCUCAGCUCGAGAGUGUCGACUUGGUGCCUGUGUCACCUGGAGAUCAGCUGGGGAUUGAGAUAACAUCCACAGGCUCCAGUAACCACUACGUGACCGGAACUGCAGCUGAGCCUUCCAGUGACGUCUUUGUGAAGAUCUUGGCUGGUGAUGAGGUGAUUCAAGUCAAUGACCAGAUAGUGGUGGGCUGGAGCAAAGCUAACCUUGUGAAGAAGCUCCGGGAGAAUCCCAACGGAGUCACUCUGGUCUUGAAGAAGAUUCCUGGGGCGGUGCGACGCAGACACCCAAUCCAGGUCUCAUCCGCACAGCAGGAGGACGAGGAGAAAGAAGAGAAGUCAGACAAGGAAGAGGAAAGGGACGAGGACGAGGGGAAGAGGCUCUCCGUAUUUGAGAGGGUAGCGGCUUCUGUGCGGUCCUUGUCUUUUAGGAGAGCCGUUCACGGGCCAGAGGUACAGCAGCAGCCUAUGGGACAGGAGGAAUCAGAGUUGGCCUUGGACAAGGAGAUAGAGGGGACAUAUCAAAACCAGCCGGGGCUGCUGUCAGCAUCAGGGGAGUUCGAAAGUUUGGAGAGUUCAAGACUGUCUCCAAGACUGAGACGAGACCGGUCACCAUCUCCCAGAAGUCCUUCUCCCCUGAUAUUUGAUUCAUUCCGAAGCCCUUCACCUCAGAGAGUCAACCAGGACAGAGCCAGCAUAAGUUCCUGUCCUGAAAUGGUGGGACACACGGGGAAUAAGGAGAGAAGAGAGAAGAGCUCUACAAAAGGAAUGUCAACGGCUAUGAGUAGGCGUCGUGUGUCCUGCCGUGAGCUGGGUCGACCCGACUGCGACGGCUGGCUGUGGAAGAAGAGAAAGGAGAGCAAUGUCUUCCUCGCCCAGAAGUGGCAGCGCUUCUGGUUCAUCCUCAAAGGUCCUUCCCUCUAUUGGUACACCAGCCAACAGGACGAGAAGGCAGAGGGGUUUGUCAAUAUAUCCAGCUACUGCAUAGAGAGCGCUGGAGAGCACAAGAGAAAAUACGUGUUUAAAAUGUGCCACGUGCGAUUUCAGAACUUCUUCUUUGCUGCUGAAAACGUCAGUGACAUGAGCAAGUGGAUUAACUGUCUGAUUACAGCCAUACAGAAGCACAAGAAGUUCUACAAAGGCCCAGAUAAGGAAGAAGAAUGUUACAGUGAGACUGAAUCAGAAAGCGAGAGAUCACCUUCACCCCGCAGAAGAAACAAGAAAGUGCAGUCCAACACUCUGCCUCGCCCCAAGGCUAAGACAGCGCCAUUAUCGAGUCCUACAUCAGGGGGCAGCAAAGGAACAGGAGGGCCAGUGGACGAGAUGGGCAUGAUGUUAAACAACAUAAAGGAAGGAGGAGUUUCCCUGAUCGGCCAUGAACAGCCGUUUACGCAUGACCACUUCAGGAAAUCGUUCAUUCGACGCAACAAGAACCCUGUCAUCAAUGAGAAGGCGCACACGCUGCGGGCUCUCCAGAGCACCCUUAAGGCCAAAGAGGCAGAGCUGCUGCAGAUCAACAAGAUCUUAGAGGACUCUGAUCUGACAGCUUCAAAGUAUCGUCAGUGGAAAGACAACAACGAGGAACUCGUUCACGAGAUUGACAGAUUGGCCGCGCUCAAGGCUUCCGAAGGACGGGACGACGCGGCAGUGCAGGACACACCCGCUGAGGAGGUUGCCUCGGAAACGGUUGCUAAGGAAACGGCCAUCGCAGAGACAGAAGGCGCAUACAGACUGAGCCUCAGCGACGGGGAGCAGUUAGUGGACGCAGAGCCCUCUGAUGUUCUCCUGGAGAUCCAAGGUUCCCCGAGUCUAGAGGCCAGCCCAAUGUUAGAACUCUCUCUGGGAUCGCUGCAGGAAUCGAUAAAUAAACAGCUGAGUGAAAUGGUGGAGAGCGGAGAAGUAACUGAGAACUACUUCUACAUUUAAGACCACGCCUGGAGCAGUGACAUCAAAGUUGUUUACCAGAAUCAGACAAAUAGAAAUUGUUUGUCAUGCGACAGUGUGAGUAAGGUGCAUUUCGCCACGUCCUCUGCUGACAUUCACCAGAAAGGAUUAGUUAAAAAUGCCUUUGAAUCAGCACUUUAAUCAGUUGUGUCAGUGAAAUGCAUCAGUGCAGACUUGACUUGCAGAUUUAGACUUAGACUUGCUCACAAAAAAUAAAAAAAAUAUGACAAGUUUACAACAGAGAAAAGAACAAUUUGCCAAGUGUCAGUCUGUCUUCUGUAUGUAUUUAUGGAAUUCAGGCUGUCCUGUUCUUCUAAUGAUAAAAAGUAGAACAUUUCUUCAAUGUAAUAUAAUUCAUGCCUCUUCUAAUGUGAUAUGUAAAUACAGUUUUUACUAUAAAUACUGUAUGUAUAUGUUUAUUGACAUUACCUUAAUAAAGGUAUACAUUUGAAAUAUUUUGCACAAAUUUUGCUUCAAAUAAACUGUUGUAGCUCCUUGUUGUUCAAGAUGGUCGGCCUUUUUAUCCCUGUGGAUAAUACGAACAUUACAGUAGAGCUGUGUGACAGUUCUGGUUUAGUGUUCUUUAUUGCCCAAGUCUGUAAUGAAUGCAGCAAGACAAGGAAAGACUCCUGAAGUGCUGAGAUGUCAGAGCUGGCCGUGCUCCUUUCCACUGUAAUCAUCAGCUUAAUAAAAAGGGAGCGUGAUGAUCACUGAAA